UUGUCGGUUAACUUCCUGGAUAAGCAACUGGACCUGAAGCACAGGCUCCGUCCUGUCUUUUACAUCUCAUGCAGUAUUAAUUCUAAAUGAAGACUCCACCAAGCUGUUCCACUGUUUCUCUAAAGAAUAAAUGUUGAUUAGCGGUAUCCAGAUUCAGCUUUUGAACACGUUGACUUCUGAGUAUCGGGGGAGCAAACUUGUAUGUUUAACCCCUGUUAUUCUUGGCAGAUGUUGACAAGUCCAGAGUUCAUCCAUGCAGGUUCAACAAAAACUUGCUGAACCUGCUUCAAUGGCAUCCUGUCCAACAGACACCCCUCACCACUGGUGCAACACUGAAACAUGGAAAAGCCUCCUGCACUGACUGAAGAAUGGCGAGGUUCAGACGCAAAUUUUGCAUCACGUUAAUUGCCUUGGUGUUGUUUUUGCUCAUUGUAACUGUAGUUUUGAAAGCACUCACACCGGAGGACUCUCCGUUCAACAGCCCUCUCGGUGGUGAGUUGCCCCUGGACAGAAAGAAUGAGAUCCAGAGAGAGAGUGGUAAACCCGACCAGACCAAAAUGAAUAACUUUCCUCAGACGGAAAAAGAUGUACAACUGGAGGCUAUACUGAGGAAGUUCCCUCCUCCAAACUACUACCUCCAUGUCUUUUACUACUCAUGGUACGGGAACCCAAAGUUUGAUGGCAAAUACGUUCACUGGGACCAUCCACAGCUGCCACACUGGGACUCAAAGGUGGCUCAGGGGUAUCCACAGGGGAGGCACGUUCCACCUGAUGACAUUGGGGCCAACUUCUAUCCCUCUUUAGGGGCUUACAGCUCCAAGGAUCCGUCUGUUAUUGAGGCCCAUAUGCAGCAGAUGCGUACAGCAGCAAUUGGUGUCAUCGCUGUUUCCUGGUACCCUCCCAGCAUGAAGGAUGAUAAUGGUGAUCCAACAGAUGACUUAGUGCCUUUGCUGAUGGAAGUGGCACAUAAAUACCAUAUUAAGGUCAUUUUCCACAUUGAACCAUACAGCGGAAGAGAUGAAGUCAACAUGUUCACUAAUGUCAAAUACAUCAUAGACAAGUACGGAGAGCACCCUGCAUUCUUCAAAUACCGGACCAAUACAGGCAAGCUGCUCCCUCUCUUCUAUGUGUAUGACUCAUACCUGAUGAACGUGGAGCAGUGGGCCAAACUGCUCAAACACACAGAGAGUAACAGCAUCAGGGACACCCCGUAUGAUGCCAUCUUCAUUGCUCUGCUGGUUGAGGAGAAACACAAGAGGGAUAUCCUAACUGCUGGUUUUGAUGGUCUGUAUACUUACUUCGCCACUAAUGGUUUCUCCUAUGGAUCCACUCAGCGGAACUGGGACUCUAUCAAAGCAUUCUGUGACGACAACAACCUGAUAUUCAUCCCCAGUGUGGGUCCAGGGUACAUAGACACAAGCAUUCGACCCUGGAACUUCCAAAACACCCGAAACCGCAUCAACGGCAAGUAUUACGAAACCUCGCUGAGUGCUGCACUGCAAGCCCGGCCGGAUUUUAUCUCCAUAACAUCUUUUAACGAAUGGCACGAGGGGACUCAGAUUGAGAUGGCGAUUCCCAAAACAAGCCAGACCUUGUACCUGGACUACCUGCCCAAUAAACCUGCAAUCUACCUGGAGAUUACACGCAAGUGGGCUGCAAUAUUUGGUGGUGAGCGACGAAAAUGGCUGGAAUGAUCCGACUGAAAGCCAUCGGAAAUGUUUAUUUAUGGCGGUUUAAAAAAAGGACCAGGAGACUAAAUGAAAUUAAAAUUGCACAACACAAUGCAAAUGAUGAACAGGCACUGAAAAACAGCAAAAAUGCUUUGCUCCAGGCAAGUGGACUGCGUUCUCUUCAUCUCAGCUCCAGUGAUGUAUGUGAUUUUUAUUCCUUGUGGAUGAAUUAUCUUUAAUUUAACUGAUUUCUUAUUGCUCCAUGUUUACACAGCCUUGAUCAUUUUUGAGAUUUAUAACACAAUCACCAAGUUUAAUUACUGUCUCCACAGCUGAAACGGUGAAUAGGCAUGUUCAGCCAUCCUGUAAUCUGUGACUAUAUGAAACCUCAAUAGAAGUGAAUAAGAUGCACCCUGUAAAAGCAGGGAGGGAAAGACGCGAAUAAACAAAGCAGUCUGCCAGUGAAAA